CAGGGGUCAGUGUCAUCUGCCGGGGUACCGUCAAAAACAGAGUGGUUAAAGCUACCCAAGACAUGAAGAAGAAUCUGAAGGCUGCAAUGUCCAAGGUACAGUUUAUCGCUACAACAACAGACUGCUGGACAGCACACAGAAGAUCAUUCCUAGGUGUCACGGCCCAUUGGUUGGACCCUCUGACGAUGAGACGAUGCUCCGCUGCUCUAGCAUGCUGUCAGUUAGAAGGAUCUCAUACCUUUGCAGUACUCGCUGGUGCCCUGAAUAACAUACACACGGAAUACAACAUCCGGGCGAAGGUAGUGUGUACAACCACUGACAAUGGCUCCAAUUUCAUAAAAGCAUUUAAAGUGUAUGGACAAGAUGAAAACAACAACACAGGAGGACCACUCCAGGGGGCAAGUCAAACCAGAGAAGAGAGCAGUGAUGAGGAAGAAGGCGAACCUGUGGAGAUUGUUGACGCUGGAGGUAUAUUGGAUGAAGAUGAUGGCCUGGAGUAUCAGCUGCCAAAGCAUCAUCGCUGUGCCUGCCACCUUCUCAACCUGGUUGCAACAGUUGAUCUCUCUGCAGCAGAUGCUGAUCCAGUCUAUAAGAGGGUCUCUCGCUCAGCAUUUGCAAAGUGCCACAGUCUAUGGAACAAGACCAGUAGAUCCACCCAGGCUGCAGAGAUCAUCGCAAAAAAAUGCAAACUGCAACUUGUGAGGCCAGUCGAGACGAGAUGGAAUUCUCUCUUCUUCGCUGUGGAGAGGCUCGGAAGAAUCAUAAACGAACAAGGAGAAGAAGCCAUCGCAUCUGUUUGCAGUGCACUAAAAAUCCCCAUGUUGACUCAAGCGGAGAUUGCGUUUCUGAGAGAAUACGCCAAGACCAUGAAACCAGUUGCGAAGGCCGUCAAUAUCCUACAGGGAGAGGCCAACGUGCAGAUGGGAUGGCUUGUGCCUACAAUAACACUGCUCAAGGCUAAGCUCGAACAGUUCCACAUCUCCUCCAAGUACUGUGGGCCAUUGUUGGACGCACUACAAGCAGGACUUGAAAAGCGUUUUGGACAGAUGCUUGGUGAUCCAGAGCUAAUUGCAGCAGCAAUUCUGGUCCCCAAGUUCAGGACGACCUGGACAUGUAACGAAGAGAUCCUAAAAAGUGGCCUUGACUACAUCAAAAGCCAUCUGAAGGAUCAACCCACAGUGCAUUCAGGUAACACUCCCCAGUCUUCAGAUGAGGACGACUUCUUUUCCACCAUCAAGAAGGGUAAAGCACAUGAAAACACCAAAGAGCUCGAGUCCUACCUGGCCAACCCAGAUGAUGACAUGGAUGUCCUCAAAUCUUACCCAGCAGUGUGCCACCUGUCUCUUAUGCUGAACACACCACUACCUGCCUCAGCUGCCUGCGAGAGGCUUUUUAGCACUGCAGGACUGAUUCUCCAUCCUAAAAGGGCCCGCAUUGGGUCAGAGAACUUUGAAAACCAGCUUCUGCUGAAGCUAAACAAACCUUUUUGGUAGU